AUGCCUCCGGAGGAAUUUGGCAAUGCGUAUUUACAGCAAGAUGGGGCCCCAGCUCACACGAGCGCUUUAGGACGUGGAGAAAUUAAGGAAGACGAGAACAAAGUCCAGAACGAGGGUGACGAGGAUGAGGACGACAAGGAGUACAACGACGAGAACGAGUACAAAGACGAGUACGAGGACGAAGACGAGGACAAGCGAGAACGAACGACGAGGACGGGGACGAAAACGAACGAUGAAAAUGAACGAGUACGAGUACGACGACGACAACGAAGACGAGGACGAGGACGAGUACGACGACGAGAACGAAGAAUAAAGACGAGGAUGAGGACGAAGAACAAAGACGAGUACGAGGAUGAAAACGAGAACGGGGACGAAAACAAACCAUGA